GGAGGGAUACAGGUGCUUCAUUCUUCUUUCCGCCGGGUAGACAUGGUGCCCAAUCCAAGACAACAGGAAUUCUGCUUUCUUCUGGAGUACGAGGACAAGGACUCUCCGGUGCUGCUCCAACACGAUGAAGGGCAGGAGGAUCUAACCAGUUCCCAGGACAUCGACCACCCCUCCAAGAUGCUUCAUUGUUGCAGACAGUAUUUUACACCGAAAAACGACCCACGCGUGUGCUUUCUCUGCGGCGGCGAUGGUCACAUUGCCCGCGAAUGCUCUCUCCCGCCACAGCAGCGCUCCUCGGCAAUGCCACCCUGGGGACCGACUCACAGCAUGUUGGAUGACCCUGCUUCAAUGCAACACCAAGUCAGUUUUUCAAGUCGUCCUGUUGCUCAUCUGAAGCCCGCUACAACAACUAUCAAGGAAAAUCUGUUUAUCAUUUGCCAAAUUGGCUCACAACCAGUCAUCUAUCCCACAGGCGUCAUGGAUGAGAGUUUACAGUUAGAAGGAGACAAUGGCGCGCCUCUCGAACCGUGUUAUUCUGCAGAUGAUGGUGAUGACGAUUGGCACUUUAUUCACAGUGGCUCAAAAAUACACGCAGUCUCUUGCACAAGAGACUUCAUGCUUGAGUUUAAUCUGAAGGACCGGACGACUAUCAAGCUACCUGUACGGUGGCCUAGUGCUGAUCCUUUCGUUAUGGUUAUCAGAGUUGGUGGAGAGACCAUUGCUGUUACUGAUAGUCUGGAAGUUUUCCACCAGAAAGUGUCGACAGAUGGUGGAUCCACCACGUGGUUGCCUUGCAAGACAGAUCAGUCGCAUGUUCUCCGCAGGAAGGUUGUGAUAUCUGGAUAUGUACAAGUGACUGAUCAUUCCUUUCUACUUUCGGAUGCUGUCACAGGUUCGUACCUUCUGUUUGACCUGGGUGCAAAACAAUUAAUGGCGCGUCGUCAUGCCUUGGGCCGCAUUCAAUGACCGACUGCCAAGGGCUUUCCCAGACUGUUUCUUAAACGGUAGAUGUGUAUUUGUCGAUGGCUUUAUCUACACAUGCAGAGAUGGAGGGCUUGCUGCAUAUCAACUACUUCAUAAAGAUCAUUCUGUGUAUCUCAGCCAGCCGAUCUUUCUACGAUUUUCAUGGCUCGUAGAGGGUGUGAAUUAUGACAUGUGCUUGGAUUAUGCUGGCAAAGAUGUGGAAUCUGGUGCUAUUUUUUUUUACUUGGUGCAAGGUGGAUAUUUACCACCCAAGCAUGAUGUGCAGAUCACCAUUGUCCAGGUUAAGACUAAAAAAACACCCAGCAAUGGAAUGAAGCCAGUGAAAGUCGAACCUGUGGACCGUAUCACACGCGCUCCUUACGUGACAGGCAACCCUUCGGUACCAGAUGCUGCUUUGCAGUCUCCUUCUGAUGGAUGCAUGCCGUAUUAUUAGUAUAAGCUCUGCAAUAUUUGUAGCCUGGCCUGUAAGUUUCCAUGGCACUGGACACUUCUUUUGGAGGCGAUGGGAGGAUCUGGACUUUAGCUGGCACUCUCCUGUUAGGUGCAAUUAGUUGUAUUUUGGUGGUGGUAAUAAAACUUAAAUUUCUCUAUGUAAUGAUGACUGGUGACCCAGGCUAAUUAAUCCUCAGCAUUCGUAAAGUUGAGCCAGCUGUGGAACUAUAUAUACUAUUUGUUGUACUAGUAUUAUUUAAGCUGGAUCAUGCAUUUAUAUGUGAGA